AUGUCCCUACUCCCAGAUGAGGAAGACGGACGGGAGCCUUUACUUGCUGAUGCUGUGGUGCCUUCGCACACACCCCGAGAAGCCGACCGCCGUUUGCGCCUACUAAGCGAGCAUGAGGCUGAAUUUUGCCAAAAAAUAAAAGUUGACGAUGUGGGUGACUCAAAAUUCUGUGGCGGCUUUAGCUUCCGAAAGCUUUGGGCAUUCACUGGUCCCGGGUUUCUCAUGAGUAUCGCUUACCUAGACCCGGGGAAUAUCGAAUCUGACUUACAAAGCGGUGCAAUCGCAAAAUACAGCCUUCUGUGGCUUCUUCUCGCGGCCACUUUGAUUGGCUUGUUCAUGCAACGGUUGGCUCUGCGUUUGGGCGUUGUGAGCGGGCGACAUCUGGCAGAAGUAUGUUAUGACGAAUACCCCCGACCAGCGCGCUUAUUGCUGUGGUUGAUGGUGGAAAUAGCUAUUAUCGGAUCCGAUAUGCAGGAGGUGAUUGGGACUGCGAUUGCAAUCAACUUACUCAGCAUAGGUUACAUUCCGCUUUGGGCUGGUGCCUUGAUAACCAUUGUGGACACUUUCACUUUUUUGUCUAUCGAUAAAUAUGGCUUGAGAAAACUGGAACUAUUUUUUGGCCUGCUGAUUACUACAAUGGCGUUCACAUUUGGCUACGAGUACGUCGUCGUUCGACCUCGGCAGCUGGAUGUCCUGUUCGGGCUUUUUGUACCCUCAUGCAACAACUGCGGUUGGCAAGAGCUACAACAAGCUGUGGGUAUUAUCGGAGCAGUGGUGAUGCCUCACAAUUUUUACCUGCAUUCUGCUCUGGUCAACUCUCGUGAUAUCGACCGUUCACAUCGCGGACACGUUCGUGAUGCCAACCUGUACUUUUUCGUCGAAUCUGCUAUUGCGCUUUUUGUCUCUCUGGUAAUCAACAUCUUCGUUGUAUCCGUCUUUGGUGCGGGUUUCCAUGGAACAAAUGUCACUGAAGUGGUCACCACCUGCUCCGUUGAGGGGUAUCUACCGGCUCAUCUUAUUAAUGACACAUCUGAAUUCAGCGAGUCAAAUGUGAAUCUUUUUACGGGAGGUGUGUAUCUUGGUUGCCGAUUCGGAAUGGCGUGUCUCUACAUCUGGGCCGUGGGGAUCUUGGCUGCUGGACAGUCGUCUACAAUGACAGGAACUUAUUCAGGCCAGUUCGUCAUGGAUGGUUUUCUCAACAUUCAGCUGAAACGAUGGCAAAGAGUGCUGCUCACUCGCUCGAUAGCCAUCGUACCCACUUUGCUGAUCACUGUGUUUAAGGGUAUCUCGGAUUUAACCGGAAUGAAUGAUCUCCUGAACGUGCUGAUGAGCGUGCAACUUCCAUUCGCUCUCAUUCCUCUCCUAACCUUCACCAGCAGCAAAUCUGUGAUGGGCGAAUUCAGCAGUUCAAUCCCAUGCACAGUUGUAGCUAAUUUGCUGUCUGUUGGCGUUAUCUCUGUGAAUUUGUUCUUGGCCUCCAUAAUCAUUCGGGACCGUUUGCCUUCACAUUGGGCUAUCUAUCUCGGAAUGGCACUACUCUUACUCUACUACGUUGCAUUCGUCGGCUAUUUGACUUAUUUUGGAAUCCGCAAGAUUUUUAUUCACCGACAGAAAAGGUACUUCAGCGUCUCAGGGGAUCCUUCAGCUGAGUUCAAUUCAUCUUCCUAUCCUGUGACAAAUGAACCCAAUGGCUGUGAUCUCUCCAGCGUCACAAUGUCGGAUUCAUCAACCAUAUCCUCUUAG